AGACCUUCAUGAGUCGAUCCUCAAUACUUCCUCCACAUCCAAUAAACCCGUCGCAGGACAGGACUAUGAAGCCAUUCUCUGGCCUUCCAUGAUUAUUCCUUCAUCAUUAUCAACGAACAUUACUUUUAAUUCUUCCCCUCCCUCCCCUCUCCGUUAAUUCGCCAUGUCCCUCACUCUCAAGCUCUCCUCCUUGGCCAUCCGCACCCUCUCGAAGCCGAUCGCCAACCAAAUCAAAGCGCAAGCUCGCGAGCAUGAACGCUUCCGACGAGUCUGCGUCGGAGUCGCGCAAUCUCUUCACCGACUUGACAUGCGCCUUCGUCUAGGUACACUCCGUGACAACGCCGCCUCUCAAAAACAAGCCAUGGCCGAAGCCGAAUUGCGAAAACACAAACCUGUCUCUCCGACGGCGAAAACUCACGCCGAGGCCAGAGCCGAAGAAGAAGCCGCCGCGAAGGCCAAAGCCGCUGCCGAAGAGGCCGCGAACCCUCGCAAACCCCACAUACGACCACUGUCGGAGUCCAAAGCCAUCGAAUCUGGGGCGACAUUCAUCAGCGAAUCGUUCUUGUUUCUGGUGGCGGGUGGAUUGAUCGUCUUUGAGUCGUGGCGGUCGCGGAGGAAGGAGACCACGCGCAGAGAGGACGUCGAGUCGCGGUUGGCUGAGCUGGAACAGUCGGAGAAAGCUGCCCGACAGGCCUUAGUGGCUUUGGAGAAGGAGCUUCUGCAACAAAAGGCCAAGCAAGGGGUGCUGCCAAAGUCGUCGCCUAGGAUUCUCCCGCGCGAAGUGUGGGAGGUGGAAAAGCAAGAGGAAGUGGAGGCUGAAGAGCCCAGCUGGUGGUCGCGAGUGACGUCUUAUUUCACAUUUGGCCAAAGCCCAGAACAAUCAGCUGAAGCUGUUGUCAACGACGAUCAGGCCAAUAAUUUGCAUGGCAAGAAUCCGGCCCCGACAAAACCAACAAAUCAGGACUCGUCAAAAUCGACAGGCGUUUAAUCGGUGAUUGACAUCUCGCUUCGUAUAUAAUUUUGUUUCGUCAUAGAGGUUGUUUGGACACAGGUGAUGUUAUACCUGUUCUUCUGUUUGGGAUACCCUUCUCUGUUACCGGAUGACGUUGAGCGGGGUGCACAAUCUCCUCUUUCCACUGUACAUAUUUUUCUUCUCCUCUCUACGGCCGCACAUUAUAGAGCAUCAAGAAUAUCAUAAUCCAUG